AUGCCUUCACGAAGGUACAAUCAGAAUAGAAAUGUUUAUGCAUGUCAUACAGGAGGGAAUGGAGGAAGAAUGAGACAGGAUAUGGGUAAGCGACCUCAGCAGGCGCAGAUGCGACCAGUAUGUAGGCAGUGUGGAAAGGAGCAUGGAAGUAGACCUUGUCAGCUUACAGGCAUUAUCUGUUUUUCUUGUGGUCAGCCUAGACAUAUGGCUAAGGACUGUUCGAAGAAGCCAGUACAAGGAAUAGAUAGGCCGCGACAGCAAGGACGUGUGUUUGCUAUGACUACUGAUGACGCAAUGAAAUCAGACUUCCUAAUCCAAGGUCAGUGUUAUGUCAAAUCUCGACUCUUAACUGUACUGUAUGACUCUGGUGCAUCACAUUCAUUUAUUUCUGAGACUGUUGUGCAUGAGUUGGGAUUAGAUUUCACCAUGUUAGAUUAUAAUCUAAUUGUUUGUACACCCACAUCUCAAAAUGCCUUGACUAGUCAAGUAUGUCAACAGGUGCCUUUUGUUAUUGAGGCUAGGACUUUUAUACAUGACCUGGUUUGUUUGCCUUUGUGUGGUUUAGAUAUUAUCUUAGGUAUAGAUUGGUUGUCUAAGCAUCAUGUUUUCCUUGAUUGUUUUAAACGAAUUGCUAUAUUUCCAUCAUCUGAAAUGCACACUGAACCAGUUAAGUCUUGUACUUUCUAUUUGAAUUCCUUAAGAGUUAUUUCUAGUAAUAGUGGGUUAGAGGGUUACGUUCUACUAUCGGCUAGCUCAGAAACUAAUGAACAAGACUUGGAGCAAAUCCGAGUGGUGAAGGAGUUUCCUGAUGUUUUUCCGGAUGAUAUACCUGAGUUUCCACCUCAGAGAGAUAUAGAGUUUAGUAUUGAUCUGGUUCCUGGAGCCGGACCAAUUUCUAUAGCACCGUAUCGGAUGUCACCGUUGGAACUAGCAGAGUUAAAGAAGCAGUUGGAUGAAUUGCUGGGGAAGAAGUUUAUUCGUCCAAGUGUAUCACCAUGGGGAGCUCCAGUGUUACUAGUAAAGAAGAAGGAUGGUGGAAUGAGGUUAUGUGUGGAUUGUCGGCAAUUGAACAAGAUCACAAUCAAGAACAAGUAUCCACUCCCAAGGAUAGAUGAUCUGAUGGACCAGCUGAGAGGUGUGACAGUAUUCUCGAAGAUUGAUUUUCGGGUCAGGUUACCAUCAAAUCCGGGUGAAGGAAUUAGAUAUACCUAA